AUGGCAGACUAUGGACCACAAACGGAAGAGGACCCUGUAGAAAAGAAUUCCAGAAAUUGGGACCACUUGAAGAUUCCUCUAGUUGAAAACCCGUUGAGAGACCAAGAACGAGAGACCAUUAGCGAGAUCACGUCAUGGAAGAGGACCACUAGAGGGGAAGACCACUCGAGGGAAAAUUCAGGAAGACCAGAGGAACCUUCAGCUCUAGGAGGAAUCUUCAGCUCUACCACAGCUCUAGGAGGAAUCUUCAGCUCUACCACAGCUCUAGGAGGAAUCUUCAGCUCUACCACAGCUCUAGGAGGAACCUUCAGCUCUACCACAGCACUAGAAGGAACCUUCAGCUCUACCACAGCUCUAGGAGGAAUCUUCAGCUCUACCACAGCUCUAGGAGGAAUCUUCAGCUCUACCACAGCACUAGAAGGAACCUUCAGCUCUACCACAGCUCUAGAAGGAACCUUCAGCUCACAGAUCUGGGAGGAACCUUCAGCUCACAGCUCUGGGAGGAACCUUCAGCUCUACCACAGAUCUAGGAGGAACCUUCAGCUCUACCACAGCACUAGAAGGAACCUUCAGCUCUACCACAGAUCUAGGAGGAACCUUCAGCUCUACCACAGCUCUAGGAGGAACUCUACCACAGCUCUAGAAGGAACCUUCAGCUCUUCUAGGAAAGCUCUAGAAGGAACCUUCAGCUCUACCACAGCUCUAGGAACCUUCAGCUCACCACAGAUCUAG